UCCGUGUCAGGUGAUCGGAGUUCGCGUAGGAGGGGUCAGAGGUCGGAGCCUAAAGACUGACGGGGCGGUAGGACCGGCCAGUCGCGGACAGACCGACAGCCUGGCACGGCCUUGGAGGCGUUAGCUCCGCGGAGGAGGAUUUCCCUGGCAGAACCUUCACCAAAACCUUGCUGACAGCCAAGGAUGGCGAGCAAGGGGCCGUCGGCCUCUGCGUCCCCUGAGAACUCCAGCGCAGGGGGCCCCAGUGGGAGCAGCAACGGCGCUGGGGAAAGCGGAGGGCAGGACAGCACCUUCGAGUGCAACAUCUGCCUGGACACAGCCAAGGAUGCCGUCAUCAGCCUGUGUGGCCACCUCUUCUGUUGGCCAUGUUUACAUCAGUGGUUGGAGACCAGACCUAACCGACAGGUGUGUCCGGUGUGCAAAGCUGGCAUCAGCCGAGACAAAGUCAUCCCGCUCUACGGCAGGGGCAGCACUGGACAGCAGGACCCCAGAGAGAAGACCCCUCCCCGUCCUCAGGGACAGAGACCAGAGCCAGAGAACAGAGGGGGAUUUCAAGGAUUUGGAUUUGGAGAUGGUGGCUUUCAGAUGUCUUUUGGAAUUGGGGCAUUUCCCUUUGGGAUUUUUGCCACAGCAUUUAACAUAAAUGAUGGGCGACCUCCUCCAGCUGUCCCUGGGACACCCCAGUAUGUGGAUGAGCAGUUCUUGUCACGCCUCUUCCUGUUUGUGGCCCUGGUGAUCAUGUUCUGGCUCCUGAUAGCCUAAUGCUGGACUCUGCCUGCAUCCAUCCGUCCAGAGCCGCUGGACUGGUCACGUGCCACCCUCACUCCUGGUGUUUGGCUUCCUGGCUAAUCCUGACCCCUGCAGUCAGUGGGGUUGGUAACACAUCAAGGAGUCUCGCUUCUCCCUCAGAACUUGGGAGCUCAAGACGAGUUGUCAAGGAUCCCCGUGUCACCAUUGCUGUAAACACCCUGCUGUAACCUCGGGCCUUGGCUCGGAGUCCUCUCCACCAGUGACUCCGUGAGAUCCUGGUCCAGCCAGCUCAGCAGGUCCUGACUGCACAGGGCGGAGGUGGGGUCGAGGCACUCGGACUGCCAUCUCACCGGAGCUUAGUCCUGCGAAACCAAGGGAUGAGCCAAAUGGUAUUUCUGGACACUUGCAUCUCUUCGCCCUUUACAGAGGCCUCAGGAGCCAGAGGGGCUUCUCAUCCCCAGGGAGUUCUCCCUUCCUGUGCUGCUCUGUUCUCUUUCCUCGUACUGCCCCACCCCCAACCCUGCACCCCUUCCUCAGCAGAGACUCAAGAAAUUACUGUCCCAGGAAGAUCCUAAUUGUGGCAGCUGAAGCUGGUGUCAUUUCAUGAAGCCACCAGAGACGCAAAGCUCUCUUAGCAGCCCUCGUGUCUUCAGCCCCAAGAGCAGCUGGAGCGGCCUCCGGAUCUCUCGUCAGCUUUCCUGCCGAAACUGUGUGCACCUGACUCCCCCGGCAGAGGGCACAUGGCCUAGACUGCCGCUGACGCCGGGACCGACUGCCGUGUGUUAGGAGAGACCUGGAGCCAGGGCUUUGGAGCUCUGCAGGAACAAGCAAAGAGCAGCCCUGCCCGACCUCGAGGCUGCCAGAGCUGGGCCCCACCCCGAGGAAACUGGCGCUUUCUCAGCUCAGCCCAGCUGACGGACGUAGCAUGGGCCCCGGCAGGUAAGGGCCGUUCACCUGGAGGAGCCGUGCUGUUCGGCCUCUGCCAGCCUCCUCCUGCAGAACCCCGAGGGUGACGCGAGAUGGACUUCCUCUGGGCGUCUCUCGCUAACAUCGCCAGGCCACACUGCCCCUGGCUAACACCAGCAAGAGCCAUAAAAUACUAGAAAGCCACACUUAGUGCUCCACCCCCCCAAUAUGACUCUGUUUCUAGUUUGUGGAAACCAAGACCUUGAAGAUGGUGAGGGAAGCCCUCCUCCCCUCUCUGCAGCCCCCACGCCUUCCCCUUUGCACCUGUCAGUGCCAGAGUUCAGUGUUUAAAGAGACAAAACAUAAAGUGUUGAGCUGGUGGUUCAGCCGCUGAAUCCACAUGAGUGGGAAUAAGCCAGCAGCCCUGCGGCGCGCCUGAUGGGCCUUCAGCAUCCUUGGGCGCCCACUCAGAUGCGCUGUUCUCAUCACCUUCCGGAAGUCCCCAUCAGAGGGCCCUUGGAAUUUCUCUGCUGUAGAGAGAGUUGGGCGUGGAACUCCCUGAAUGCAGCGGCCCCCAGCUAGAGGAGGGAGGGAGGACUUGGGGUCGAGGGCCUCAGCAAAGGUGAGUUUCUAGAAGGAAGAUUCAAGAAGGCUUGUGGAUAGGACGAUGAAUCGCUUGGACUCUAAAGAAACAGCGUGAGCCCAGGAGAGCUCUACCAGCAGAGGCAUCCUGGGAACCAGGCCAGGCUGACCACACCCUUUGCUUCUGAACCUCAGAAGUCCCCGCUCACCCUCUGCCAGGAGCUGGGGCAGGAGAGCCGACAGGGAGCCCCUUCCACUACCCCUGCACAGGCUCAUCAGCUCCCCCUCUGCCAAGGCAGCGCCCCUCUAUUUUGUGUGUUUCCCGUGUUCUCGGCCUCUAGCCGCCUCCUGCUACCUUUGUGGACUAGGACCAGACCCGGUCCUGACCACAGGCAGAAAAUGGGGAAAUAUGUACAGUGGCACACCUCGACCAGUCACUAAUUUUCACUGUGGUGAAAGUGAUUUCGACUUAGAAUUAAACAAAUGGUUUUACAUGAUUGUGA